GAAUGCGUAAAAGAGUUUGGUUUAUUUCCCUUAGUUCUCAUUAAGAUGGAUGAAAGAAUUAUUAAUCUUCCUUUAAUACUACUAAUCAGUUACAUAACAUUCAAUUUGAUAACAUUAGGAAAUACGCAAAUGAUGCUGAGUGAGUCAUUGGAGGACACGAUUGAAAGAGCACAGAAAGAAGCAAUGAAUGUAACUAACAGAGAAAGAAGUUCGUCCAGUAAUGGGAGAAAUGAUGUGAAAUUGAUUCAAAGCGAUGGCAAUUAUUAUAAGAAGAGACAAUCAAACAAGUCAGGUGGUAAACGCUAUGAAGGUCUUUUCUAUUCUCGUGGUUAUUCAAUAUUUGGUGAUAUUGAUUCAGAGACAACUACAUUUCAGUAUGGUGGUAAAAUCACAAAAUACGGUAAACGAAGUCGAAAGUAUUCCGACAGAGAUACAAUUGGAAGUUCGGAUCGAUAUGCUAGUUCAUAUAUUAAAGAUGACUUUAAGAUUCGAGCUAAAUCAAAGAAGAAAUAUGCAAAAGAUUAUAAUGGAAUGUCUGAAAUGACAGGGAUGGAUGUGCAAAUCUCUGGCAUUCGGAAAACUAAUGGAAAUGAAAGACAAACUAAAAGUAAUAAAGAAUCAGAAUCGAGAGAAGCGCGAAACAGAACUGUAGACACGAGAAGCUUUAAUACGCGUGGGUAGUUGCAAACGUAGUAGAUCACCAGACGUGAUAAAUAUGUUUUAUUACACAUAGAAUCAAAUUUAUUUAUGUAUAAAAUAAUGUCAACCACUAUUUUGAAACGUGGUAAACAACAUAUAUACGUAUAUCAGAAUAUAUUUCAAGUAAUAUC